AUAAAUCACCAUCAUUCCUCUUCCCUUCCCGAGUUCAAAACCAAGGAUAAUUAAAAACUUUUUUAAUUGAGAUUUGAGCCAGAGAGAGAAGAAGAAGAAUAGAAGAAGGGAACGAGAAGAUCUCCAGCGGAUCAUCUCUGCUUUAAAAGCAUUGGCGGCGACUGGCUUCAUCUCUCUCUCCUCUUCCUACUCCUUAUUAAUUCCCUCUCUUACUUGCUACACAAAACCCUUUUCUUCUCUCUCCUCUCUUUAUCUUACGCCAUUUACGUUUUGCUUUUCUCUGUGUGUGAUUAUUAUGACGAUGGGAUUUUCUUUCUGAAACUUUUUAUUUUCUUGGAAAGUUGACAGAGAGGAAAAUUAAAUAAAAUAAAAAUAAAUAAAAAAGCUUGAAACUUUAUGGUUCUUCUCUGUGACCACAGAGAGGCAAUAAAUGCGUUUAUAAAUGGUUAGUUGAGAUUAGGAGAAAGAACAUAAAAGUCCCGUAGCCCGAGGAGAGUUUGGGUUUCUUGCAGAAAGAUAGUGAGGCAAAACAUGGGUUUGGUUCUCUCUUGUCUCUCUUUUAACUUUCAUCCCCAUUAACUGUCUCUCCCUCUUCCAGCAAAGCUCAAGUUAAAAGAAACCACGUUUUCCCCUUUUUUUCCUUCCUUUUCUCACCUUCUUGUUCUGGUUUUGAAUUGAGAAAGUGUAAAGCUUUGAGCUUUUUUAGUACUAAGCUGCUGUAGAGUCAAACAAAGGUGUGGUAAAGAAGACGAAGAAAGAUGAAGUUCAUGAAACUAGGGUCUAAGCCUGAUACAUUUGAAUCUGAUGACAAAUUCCACAAGUACGCAGUUUCGGAUCUAGACAGCGAUGUUACCGUCAUUGUCGGAGAGUUUACAUUUUACCUCCAUAAGUUCCCGCUGCUAUCUAAGAGCAAUAGGAUGCAGAGACUUGUUUCUGAAGCGAGCGAGGAAAACACCAAUGACAUCACUAUAUCAGACAUCCCUGGAGGACACAAAGCGUUUGAGAUCUGCGCUAAGUUCUGCUACGGGAUCACGGUUACACUCAACGCUUACAACAUAACCGCCGUGCGAUGCGCAGCUGAGUAUCUCGAAAUGACCGAAGACGUUGACCGCGGUAACCUCAUCUACAAGAUCGAAGUCUUCCUCAACUCAGGCAUUUUCAGAAGCUGGAAAGACUCCAUCAUCAUGCUUCAGACAACCAAGUCUCUUCUUCCAUGGUCCGAAGAUCUAAAGCUCGUUGCUAGAUGCAUUGAUUCUGUCUCAGCUAAGAUUCUGGUCAACCCCGAGACCAUCACUUGGUCUUACACACACAACAGGAAGCUAUCUGGACCUGAUAAGAUUGUUGAGAGAGACGAGAAUGCGAUUCCUAAAGAUUGGUGGGUGGAAGAUGUGUGCGAGCUUGAGAUUGAUUUGUUCAAGAAAGUGUUGAGAGCUGUGAAGUCAAGUGGGAGGAUGAACAAUGGUGUAAUCAGUGAAACUCUUAGGUACUACGUUGCGAGAUGGUUACCUGAAUCUAUUGAGUCAGAAGCAGCUUCUUCAAACAAACAUCUCGUUGAGACUGUUGUUUCCUUGCUGCCGAGGGUUAACAGAGCGAUGAGCUACUCUACUUGCAGCUUCUUGCUGAAACUACUCAAGGUCUCGUUCUUGGUUGGAGUUGAUGAGACGGUGAAAGAAGAUUUGGUUGAUAACGUGAGCUUGAAGCUACAUGAGGCCUCGGUUAAGGAUCUGUUGAUUCAUGAAGUUGAGUUGGUUCAUAGGAUUGUUGAUCGGUUCGUGGGGGAUGAGAAGCGUGUCUGGGAGGAUGAUAGAUACAAGGAGUUUGUGCUAGGGAACGGGGUUUUGUUGAGCGUGGGGAGAUUGAUCGAUGCGUAUUUAGCAAGUAACCGUGACCUAACGCUCUCUAGCUUUGUUGAGUUGUCUGAGCUAAUUCCGGAAGCAGCUAGACCUAUUCACGAUGGUCUCUACAAAGCUAUUGACACUUUCUUGAAGGAACAUCCGGAGCUAACUAAAUCUGAAAAGAAGAGACUUUGUGGGUUAAUGGAUGUGAGGAAGCUGACGAGUGAAGCAUCAGCACACGCAGCGCAGAACGAGCGGCUUCCGUUACGAGUGGUGGUGCAAGUUCUCUACUUUGAGCAGCUCAGAGCUAACCACAGCCCCGUGGGUUCUGUUGCAGCUUCCUCCCACUCGCCUAUCCCGCCGGUGAAGAAGGCGGAGGAGAGCAUAGUGGUUGUCGAUGAAGAAGCGGCGAAGAAGGUGGGGCUGAGCAAGAAAAGCAGAGGAAGCAAGAGCACGAGGAGUGGUGGUGGUGCUGGUGGACCGCAGCUGAUGCCGUCGAGGUCAAGGAGGAUCUUUGAGAAGAUAUGGCCAGGGAAAGGUGAGAGUAACAAGAGCUCUGAAGUUUCGUCUGGUAGCUCGCAGAGUCCGCAGGCGAAGUCUUCGAGCUCGUCGUCCCGGCGCCGGAGACAUUCCAUAUCUUGAAGGGUCUAAGUCUCAAAACGUUCAGGAGAACGAAGUUGUAAAGAGUCAAGGUCAUAACUUAUUAUUAUAAGUGUGUAGGAUUUGUGGUAGUUAAAAGUACUGAUGAAGUUAUCGUUAUGUGUUUUCUGCUGUUUUUGUUUGAGUUAUUAACAUAAAUACACAUUAUGUCUUUUUA